GCCGCCAUUUAUAUAUCACCGCCAUUUCACAAAGACUUAGCUGAGAUUCGGUUACGAAAACGACGGUCUAAAUGGAAAAUCAACUUUGUAAGCUUUUUGUCGGUGGACUUAACGUCCAAACCACCGAUGACGGGCUGCGAAAUCAUUUCGAGCAAUACGGGACGCUCACGGACUGCGUGGUCGUCCAGAACCAGCAGCUGAAGCGCUCGCGCUGCUUCGGUUUCGUGACGUUCUCGAGCCCUGAGGAGGCGGACUCGGCCAUGGCGGCCCGACCGCACGUUCUGGACGGUAACAACGUCGAGUUGAAGCGGGCCGUGGCUCGGGAAGACGCGGGCAGACCCGAGGCCCUCGCGAAGGUGAAGAAGAUCUUCAUCGGCGGGCUUAGAGACGACAUCGAGGAGGAUCACCUCCGUGAUUGCUUCUCCCAGUUCGGCGCGGUGGAGAAGGCGGAGGUGAUCACGGACAAAGAGACCGGAAAGAAGCGCGGCUUCGGCUUCGUGUAUUUCGAGGACAACGACUCGGCCGAUAAAGCAGUGGUGCUCAAGUAUCACGUUAUCAAUGGGCAUAAAGUGGAGGUGAAGAAAGCCCUGACCAAGCAGGAGAUGCAGGGCGCUGGGAGUCGCGGUGGCCGCGGCGGGAGGGGGAUGGGCAGACCGCAGAACGGCUACGGGGCGCGCGGCGGCGGAUACGGCAACUACAGCAGCGGCGGCGGGUAUGGAGGCAAUGAAGGCUACGGCGGAGGCUACGGAGGCGGGUAUGGGGGAGGCUACGGGGACCAAAUGGAGGGCUACGGCGGUGGUAACGGCUACAGUGACUUUGGCAGCGGCUAUGGUCAGCAGUCCUCUGGCUAUGGCCCAAUGAAAGAAAGAAUGCAAUGGAAGGAUUUAAAUAAAAUCCGACUUCUAAGUUCGGCCACUUGAUGAACCUCUGCUGCGGGCUGUGAAUCCAGCUGCUCUAAAGAUGAAGGAAAAACUCCAGUAAAUUUUGCAGAGUUUGCAUAUGAAUGCAUGUGCAUGGACCUCUGAAAGGCAAGAUGCCCGUGACCCGUGCCAAGAUGAUGCCCUGAUCAUGGUACCUGGAAGGUGGCUACAUCUGGUUCCUGUGACUGGAGUUUAAUCUAAUGCAUAUUGGCAAAGUGAUUGGAAUCAUUGUACAUGUGCAUAUGAACUGGCAUUAAAUGUCUGAUGAAUUCAAUAAAAAAAAAUAA